AGAAAGAACAACAACUACAAACGAGCAAUCCUUGUCGACGCACCAACCAUCCAUGAUUGCCAAAGAGAAAGACGGCGAAUGGGUAGCGGGACUCAGACGGACCCGAGAAAGCCAGCAUCUUUGAUAUCCCGGCCGCUGCGUACAUAGCGCCUAAGAAAUCCGCCUGGACCAGCGGCCAACUCCAUCUCCCUCCCCGCAGCCUCCAGCACCUUGCCGGCGUCGCACACAACCGAUGGGCGCCACCACUCCGCAGCCAUCGCCGGCAACCGCUCGCACGCCACACCAGGCCAAACACCGCCGCACCGCUGCAAGCAGGGCCCACCGCGCCGCCCCCUCCGUCGGCGCCUGCUGGAGGUUCACCUCGCGCCAGAUCCGCCUCUGCUGGCUCCCGGCCACUCGCCGCCGCUCCCAACGCUCCUCGUCAUGCGCCUCCAACCAGGGAAACCCCCCGCGCCGCCCACUUGGCGCCGCUCCCCCGCGCGAGGGAGGCACGCCGGGACGCGCCGACCGUCCCCGCCGUCUUUGACGGACGGGCGCCGCCACCACCGCCGGCACCGGCGGCGGUAGUGGCCAGGGGAAGGGGGGAGGGGAGGGACUUGCGGCGGCGGCUAGGGUUUUGGCCCCCCGGAGCCGCCCGCGCGAGCAGCUCGGGAGGGGAGGGGAAAGUCGGGGGACCUUGUAUUCGUGAAGACUUGGACCCAGGUGGCCGAGUUGUACGUCGGCUCUACUCUAGCUUUAUUACAACAGAGCAGUCAGAAUAGUUCUUUGCUUGUGGAAGGAGCAAAUCCUGAACGCCGUACCACAGGACUAGAAAAAGAGAAUGCGCGACAAAAUUAUGCCGAUUCAAGUCGACUUUAUGCUUAUGGAAGGUCUGUAAUUGCUUGAGAUGGUGAAGAUCUCAAUCCGGAAAUCUCGAUAUUACUAGGUUCAUAAAAUGACAUGAGCUUAUGGUCUCGAAAGAAAAUAAAAGGACCUGAAACUUAGUAGCCCUGGCUCGUUAACCGUACUAUACUAAAAAGCAGGUCGCGCUUGAUGCCUUGCUUGCUGUAGCAAAAGAUGUAAAGCGCCAUGCAUGAAGAGGCACAAACGUCCGAAUAAAGUCGAAAGAGACGAACACAAGCUGAAUCACUAGACGCUUCCACACCCCAGACCGCGAUCGAGUCGAGCGAUCUAACAAGCGCAUGGAGUCCUCGCUCUGCACAGCAUCGCGCGCCACGGUGACCGGAGCACGUGCCGCUCCGGGUGCCGGCAUGCGACGCCGCCGCGCCCCGGCCCGUGCCAGCGCGUCGGGACGAUGGAGGCCUCGCGCGCUGCGCGCCCAGGCGAGCGCGACGGAGUCGGAGCCCCUGGCACCGGCGAAGGGAGGCCAGCCGGCGCUGCCCUGGUCCGCGCUCAGGGUGGGCGCGGGCGUCGCGCUCGCGCUGACCUUGGGCGGCGCCUCGUGGUCAGCGCGCGGCGGCGGCACCGGCGCCGUCCUCGUGCAGCCUGCCAUGGUGUAUACGCUCAACGCCGUCACGGACGGAGCGGAGCGGGGCGGCACCGCGUCGGCGGCGGUGAGGACGAGCGUGGGCGCGCUCUCGGACUCGUUGUUCCGGCGUGAGGACGCGCCCAGAGAAAAUGCCACGCUCAUGGACCUCGUCUUCGAGCAAGUCACCAAGGAGCACAUCGGCGACAGGGGGAAGCUGACGAGCCUGCUGCAGAAGGAGUGGGCGGCGUCGCGCGACUCGGAGAGAAAGCUCGACCUCGGCUUGCUGCUCACCGACGUGCUCAUCAAUCAGAGAGAAUGGCAGAGGGCAAAAGAAGUCUGCCAGCAGCUGACUGGCCGCUACCAACGUGACUCGAGGCCAUAUUUACAUUUGGCCGUGGUGAACAUGAUGAUGGCGGUGGAGACCAUGCUAUCUCCGGAGACGGCCACCGCCGACGACAUCGAGAAGAUGUCCAAGAACGCCAUGGACGCCUGGAAAGAAUUCAAGAACAAGUACGAGCUGGCCAAGGGAUCAACGGAGUCCAGCACCUAGCCCCCCUGAUACACUGCUGACGUUUCUUCUGGCCUGAAGGCAAUGUUUGUGUUGAGUGCUGACCACUCUUGUGACGCAUCUUUGUGCCUUGCUAGCGUAGUUGCGUGUGUACUGUGUAGUUGAUUCAGUGCCUGUGAGUUCAUGUACUCAUGAAGUCUUAUCUCUUUGUGUGCUUUGUGGCUACCAAAUUUCCCCUGUGUCAUAUUGACGAAGAGUGCAAUCUUCAGACCGUACGAGAAGUAUGAAACACCACG